AUGUCGUACGACCGCUACGUUGCCAUCUGCAAACCCCUGCACUACGGGACCCUCCUGGGCAGCAGAGCUUGUGUCCACAUGGCAGCAGCUGCCUGGGCCACUGGGUUUCUCACUGCUCUGCUGCACACGGCCAAUACAUUUUCACUGCCCCUGUGCAAGGGCAAUGCCCUGGGCCAGUUCUUCUGUGAAAUCCCCCAGAUCCUCAAGCUCUCCUGCUCACACUCCUACUUCAGGGAAGCUGGGCUUCUUGUGGUUAGUAUAUUAGUAGUAUUUGGGUGUUUUGUGUUCAUUGUGGUGUCCUAUGUGCAGAUCUUCAGGGCCGUGCUGAGGAUCCCCUCUGAGCAGGGACGGCACAAAGCCUUUUCCACCUGCCUCCCUCACCUGGCUGUGGUCUCCCUGUUUGUCAGCACUGGUGUGUUUGCUGACCUGAAGCCCCCCUCUAUGUCCUCCCCAUCCCGGGACCUGGUGGUGUCAGUUCUGUACUCGGUGGUGCCUCCAGUAGUGAACCCCCUCAUCUACAGCAUGAGGAACAGGGAACUCAAGGAGUCUAUAAGGAAAGUGAUGACUGUUCACUUUUCAAAAGCAGUAAUAAAGUGACCUCCUGCUUCUGCAUGUCACUUGUAAUAUAACGCAUUACUAGUUCAACCUGAGUUCUGUAGCUUUUGUGGUUUUGUUUGUUUGUUUGUUUGUUUUUCUCUUUAGUGUUUGUUUUUCUUGCUUAUAUUAAUGCUAUUCACAAGCAAAAUUAUUUGUCAUCCUAUGGCUGUGUCCAUAUCUACCUGUCUGGUGU